UGCAGCCCUGUCAGGUCCGGUUACCAGUACCUACGGUACUAUAGAAAAAUGAGUACCAUCAAGUUUUAGGAAUUUUGGCAUUGACUUGGUACCAAAGUAGCAAUUCUUGUGACAACCGUAGUAGGAAUAAAUGACUUCAUGGCUUCAAGGACUUCAAGGAUACCACUGUUGAGUUACUACUACUAUUAAACAGUGGUAUCGUUUGGUGCCUACCUUUCCUCACGGCUUAGGACAUAUAGGUUUAUAUGCAGCCUUUUUACUUGGUAAAUGUUCUACAUUUACUUUUUUGUUGUUUUGUGUUCCAUUUGCUAAUUAUAUGUAAUGCAAAGUCAUUAAAAAUAAAGUUGGAUUCUCCCUCCUAAAGAUUGAUAUGAAAGAGUAAUUGUAGUCCAUCCCUUGCCACAUCCAAUUGCUUAGAUAAGUGUAUGAACUGAAGGUACUGUGAGAGCUGCUGAUGGCAUCUAUAUUGGCAUCCUAGGAGAGCAUACUGUCCCUACAGAUUUAUGGCUUUUAACUCUUUCAGCUGUCUUACUACUAAUCUUAAUUGGCAAGCAUAUAUGCCUAGUUCCAGGUAAUUGAAAGUGUCAAUUGAAAAGUGUUUCAAAAGGUGAGCUCAAAUUAAUUUCAUGUACCGAUAAUAUAAUCGUGAGUUGGGUUGCAUAGUGUCUGAAGAUUUUUAUUGGUGGUAAAGGAAAAAAAGGAAACAAUGCCAGGUGACCAGAGUUAGCCUAAGAGCAUAUAUCUGUGAACAGUGGUGAGUGAUAACUAAAGGGAUCUCACAGCUGUGACCUUGGCCUCGUCUUGCCUCUCUGUAGACAACAGCUGCAGCAUGUAUUCUCCCUCUUGAAAUGUAUUUCACACCCUAUCACUUGACAGACUAUUGUUGAACUUUAGAUCACAAGGUAUUUGAUGUCCCAUAAAUCCUGCUCGCAUGCUAGCCUACUUUAUUUAGUUUUAGAGUAGAGAGGCAGUCUAUGAUAAAACCUGUCCAUGAAUAAGACAUACAUUAUCAUAAAGCACAGUGAAUCUAUCUUGAAAGCAACAAAAGGCCAUUCAUUUAUUCAUUCAGUAUUCGGAUUAAUGUUUCCUCUUGAGAUUUUCAGUGCAAAGAAAAGGAUACACCCCUAAUUAGUGCUGUUAUGGAGCAUACAGUAUAGUAGGUCCCACUAUGUGAUUAAUAUUUAAUUGAAUCAAGAUUGAUUUAAGAUUAUCAAUAAGCAUUAUAGUUGGAAAGGAUUUUUCUACUCUCUCUCCUAUAGUCACGCCCAAACAAGUAUUUGAUUUAUGGGGUAUAUUCAACAAACAAAGAAUCUUUUAAUCGAUUUUCCAGCAUUAACUUAACUUCCACUGCCACUCUAAUUGUUCAUUUAAAAACUAUUUAACAUAACUUACUGGGACAAAAGAGAAUUACUUGAUAGACUGUAGCCUGUCCCUGUUAACCCCCCCCCUUCCCCUUUCUUUGCCAUGUCCCGUCUGCUCAUAAGGUGGGGGCAACAAAUAGCAGCACUAGGCUCUACCCAAUUUGGAGAAUGCUUUUUGUGAUAGGCAACCUGGAUGCCAUUUCUCUGAUAUUCAUCCCCAUAUUUGGUUGACUAACAACCUUUAUUAAUGGAGAGGCACCCUGGUGUCAGCCACUGGGUCCAUCAUUUCACUUGACAAAGGUUGGCAGUCAAAGCACAGAUCCCAAUUCCCCGGCGUGUGGAGUGAAACACCUGAGGUUGAAAAAUGGGUGAUGCCGCCAUGGCAGAGUUUGGGGCUGCUGCUCCUUUUCUGAGAAAGUCAGAUAAGGAGCGUCUAGAAGCCCAAACCCGUAUAUUUGACAUGAAGAAGGAGUGCUUCGUUCCUGACCCCGAGGUUGAAUAUGUCAAGGCAUCCAUUGUUAGUCGUGAUGGUGACAAAGUCACUGCUGAUACCGAAUUUGGAAAGACUGUCACAGUGAAGGAGUGUGAUGUACACCCUCAGAACCCGCCAAAGUUUGAUAAAAUUGAAGACAUGGCAAUGUUCACCUUCCUCCAUGAGCCUGCUGUGCUGUUUAACCUCAAAGAGCGUUAUGCAGCAUGGAUGAUUUAUACCUACUCUGGGCUCUUCUGUGUGACUAUCAACCCCUACAAGUGGCUGCCAGUCUACAACCAGGAAGUGGUUGUUGCCUAUAGAGGAAAGAAGAGGAGUGAAGCUCCUCCUCAUAUCUUCUCUAUCUCUGACAAUGCCUACCAGUACAUGCUGUCAGACAGAGAAAACCAGUCAAUCCUUAUCACCGGAGAAUCUGGUGCUGGAAAGACUGUCAACACCAAACGUGUCAUUCAGUACUUUGCCAGCAUUGCUGCAGUCCCAAGUGGGAAGAAAGAUCAAGCUGCUGAGAAGAAGGGUACCCUGGAGGAUCAAAUCAUUCAGGCUAACCCUGCUCUAGAGGCCUUUGGGAAUGCCAAGACCAUCAGGAAUGACAACUCCUCAAGAUUUGGUAAAUUCAUCAGAAUUCAUUUUGACAACCGAGGAAAGCUGGCUUCUGCUGACAUUGAGACGUACCUUUUGGAAAAGUCUCGUGUGACCUACCAGCUCAAAGCUGAGAGGGACUACCACAUUUUCUACCAGAUCUUGUCUCAGCAAAAGCCUGAACUUCUGGAAAUGUUGCUUAUCACCAACAACCCCUAUGACUACGCCUUCAUCUCCCAAGGAGAGACAACAGUAGCCUCUAUCAAUGAUUCUGAAGAGCUGAUGGCCACUGAUGAUGCCUUUGAUGUUCUAGGCUUCAACCAAGAGGAGAAAAAUGGCAUUUACAAGCUGACUGGUGCCAUCAUGCACCAUGGAAACAUGAAGUUCAAGAACAAGCAGCGUGAAGAGCAAGCAGAAGCUGAUGGCACUGAAGAUGCUGACAAAGUAGCUUAUCUGAUGGGUCUGAACUCUGCUGACCUCAUCAAAGGUCUCUGUCAUCCAAGAGUCAAAGUAGGAAAUGAAUGGGUCACCAAGGGCCAAAAUGUCGCCCAGGUGAACUAUGCUAUUGGUGCACUGUCUAAGUCAGUGUAUGAGAAGAUGUUUCUAUGGAUGGUAGUGAGAAUCAACCAAUCUUUGGACACCAAGCAGCCUCGACAGUACUUCAUCGGUGUACUGGACAUCGCUGGAUUUGAGAUAUUUGAUUUCAACACCUUUGAGCAGCUGUGCAUCAACUUCACCAAUGAAAAACUGCAACAGUUUUUCAAUCACCACAUGUUUGUGCUGGAGCAGGAAGAGUACAAGAAAGAGGGCAUUGAAUGGACUUUCAUUGAUUUUGGUAUGGACUUGCAGGCCUGUAUUGACCUGAUUGAAAAGCCCAUGGGUAUCAUGUCCAUCCUUGAAGAGGAGUGCAUGUUUCCCAAAGCCUCUGAUACAACCUUUAAAGCUAAGCUCUAUGACAACCAUCUGGGGAAAUCAAACAACUUCCAGAAGCCCAGAAUUGUUAAAGGGAAACCAGAGGCCCAUUUCUCCCUGGUUCACUAUGCUGGCACUGUUGAUUAUAAUAUCAACAACUGGUUGGUGAAGAACAAGGAUCCUCUGAAUGAGACUGUUGUUGGACUGUACCAGAAAUCUACUAUGAAGCUAUUAGCUCUGCUUUUUGCAAAUUAUGCUGGAGCUGAAUCAGCUGAAGGUGGAAAGGGUGGCAAAGGAGGAGGAAGCAAGAAGAAGGGUUCAUCCUUCCAAACUGUGUCUGCCUUGCACAGGGAGAACCUGAACAAGCUGAUGACCAACUUGAGGUCUACUCACCCUCACUUUGUACGCUGCAUCAUCCCCAAUGAGACCAAGACUCCUGGGGCCAUGGAGAAUCCUCUGGUGAUGCACCAGCUGCGCUGUAAUGGUGUGCUGGAAGGCAUCAGGAUCUGCAGAAAGGGCUUCCCAAACAGGAUCCUCUAUGGAGAUUUCAAACAGAGAUACCGUAUUUUAAACCCUAAUGCAAUUCCUGAGGGACAGUUCAUCGACAACAAAAAGGCUGCUGAGAAACUGUUGGGCUCUCUGGAUAUUGACCACAAUCAGUACAAACUGGGGCACACCAAGGUGUUCUUCAAAGCUGGACUUCUGGGUCAACUAGAGGAGAUGCGCGAUGACCGACUAGCACUAAUUAUUACUGGCAUCCAAGCACGGUCCCGAGGCCUUCUGGCAAGAAUUGAAUUCCAGAAGAUUGUAGAACGCAGGGAUGCAUUACUUGUGAUCCAGUGGAACAUUCGUGCCUUCAUGGGGGUCAAGAAUUGGCCCUGGAUGAAGAUGUAUUUCAAGAUUAAACCUCUAUUAAAGUCAGCAGAGACUGAGAAGGAGAUGGCCAACAUGAAGGAAGAGUUUACCAAACUGAAAGAGGCUUACGCAAAAUCUGAAGCCCGCAGGAAGGAACUAGAAGAAAAAAUGGUCACUCUUCUCCAAGAGAAGAAUGAUCUGCAGCUUCAAGUUCAAUCUGAGCAAGAUAAUCUUUGUGAUGCUGAAGAAAGAUGUGAAGGGCUGAUCAAGAGCAAGAUUCAGCUGGAGGCAAAACUCAAAGAGCUGACAGAAAGACUGGAGGAUGAGGAGGAGAUGAAUGCUGAACUAACUGCUAAGAAGAGGAAGCUGGAGGAUGAAUGUUCUGAGCUGAAGAAAGACAUUGACGACUUAGAAUUAACUCUGGCUAAAGUGGAGAAAGAGAAGCAUGCCACUGAGAACAAGGUUAAAAACCUGACUGAGGAGCUGGCUGCUUUGGAAGAAAUCAUUGCCAAGCUGACCAAGGAAAAGAAAGCCUUACAGGAAGCUCAUCAGCAAACACUGGAUGAUCUGCAGAGUGAAGAAGACAAAGUCAACACUCUGACCAAGGCCAAGGCUAAGCUGGAGCAGCAAGUUGAUGAUCUCGAAGGAUCCCUUGAGCAAGAGAAGAAAGUGCGUAUGGACCUUGAGCGAGCAAAGCGAAAGCUUGAGGGAGACCUAAAGUUAUCUCAGGAGAGUAUCAUGGACCUGGAAAAUGACAAGCAGCAACUCGAAGAGAGGCUGAAAAAGAAAGAUUUUGAAAUCAGCCAACUCACUGGCAAAAUAGAAGAUGAACAAGCGAUGAGUGCCCAGCUCCAGAAAAAAUUGAAGGAGUUGCAGGCCCGCAUUGAGGAGCUGGAGGAAGAGCUUGAAGCAGAGCGAGCUGCCCGAGCCAAGGUGGAGAAGCAGAGAGCAGACUUGUCCAGAGAGCUGGAGGAGAUCAGUGAGAGGCUGGAGGAAGCUGGUGGAGCAACCGCUGCCCAGAUUGAGAUGAACAAGAAGAGGGAGGCUGAGUUCCAGAAACUCCGCAGAGACCUUGAAGAGGCCACUCUGCAGCAUGAAGCCACUGCUGCCACACUCAGGAAGAAACAAGCUGACAGUGUUGCUGACCUGGGAGAGCAGAUUGACAACCUGCAGAGAGUCAAGCAGAAACUGGAGAAAGAGAAGAGUGAGCUCAGACUGGAGCUGGAUGAUGUGGUCUCUAAUAUGGAACAUAUUGUGAAGGCUAAGAAUAAUUUGGAGAAAAUGUGCAGGUCUCUAGAAGACCAGAUGAAUGAAUAUAAAACAAAGUCAGAAGAGGGACAACGUACCAUCAAUGACUUUACCAUGCAGAAAGCGAAGCUUCAAACUGAGAAUGGUGAAUUUACAAGGCAGCUUGAGGAAAAGGAUUCCCUGGUGUCUCAACUCACGAGAGGAAAACAAUCCUACACUCAACAAAUUGAAGACCUUAAAAGACAACUGGAAGAGGAAGUCAAGGCCAAGAAUGCAUUAGCCCAUGCAGUGCAGUCUGCGCGUCAUGACUGUGACCUCCUCAGGGAGCAGUAUGAGGAGGAGCAGGAGGCCAAGGCUGAACUGCAGCGCAGCAUGUCCAAGGCCAACUCUGAGGUAGCUCAGUGGAGAACCAAGUACGAAACUGAUGCCAUCCAGAGAACUGAGGAACUGGAGGAGGCCAAAAAGAAGCUGGCUCAGCGUCUGCAGGAUGCCGAGGAGGCUGUUGAAGCAGUGAACGCUAAAUGUUCCUCUCUGGAGAAGACCAAACACAGGCUGCAGAAUGAGAUUGAAGAUCUCAUGGUGGAUGUGGAGAGGUCUAAUGCUGCUGCUGCUGCUCUGGACAAGAAGCAAAGAAACUUUGACAAGAUUUUGGCAGAAUGGAAACAGAAGUACGAGGAGUCUCAAACAGAGCUGGAGAGCUCUCAGAAGGAAGCCAGGUCUCUGAGCACUGAACUCUUCAAACUGAAGAAUUCCUAUGAAGAAUCUCUGGAACAUCUGGAGACCAUGAAGAGAGAGAAUAAGAAUCUGCAGGAGGAAAUAUCUGACCUCACUGAGCAAAUUGGUGAGGGUGGAAAAAGUAUUCAUGAGCUUGAGAAGAUUCGAAAACAGUUGGAACAAGAGAAGUCUGAGAUACAAACAGCCCUGGAGGAAGCAGAGGCCUCACUGGAGCAUGAGGAAGGGAAGAUCCUCAGAGUCCAGCUUGAGUUCAACCAGGUUAAGGCUGAUAUUGAGCGCAAGCUGGCCGAGAAAGAUGAAGAGAUGGAACAAGUCAAGAGAAACCAACAGCGAAUUGUGGAUACUCUUCAGAGCUCUCUUGAGGCUGAGACUCGCAGCAGGAAUGAGGCCCUCCGUUUAAAAAAGAAAAUGGAGGGAGACCUCAAUGAGAUGGAGAUCCAGCUUAGCCAGGCCAACAGGCAGGCAGCUGAGGCCCAGAAACAACUUAAGGCUGUUCAUUCACAUCUAAAGGAUGCUCAGCUGCAGCUUGAUGACUCUUUGCGAGCCAAUGAUGAUAUGAAGGAAAACAUUGCCAUUGUUGAGAGACGCAACAACCUUCUUCAGGCUGAAGUGGAGGAACUGAGGUCUGCUCUGGAACAAACUGAGAGAGGUCGCAAACUUGCUGAGCAAGAGCUUCUGGAUGUUAGUGAGAGGGUGCAGCUACUGCACUCACAGAAUACCAGUUUGCUAAACCAAAAGAAGAAGCUGGAGGGGGAUACAUCCCAGCUUCAGACUGAAGUGGAGGAAGCAGUCCAGGAGUGCAGAAAUGCAGAGGAAAAGGCCAAGAAGGCUAUUACUGACGCUGCCAUGAUGGCAGAAGAACUGAAGAAAGAGCAGGACACCAGCGCUCACCUGGAGCGUAUGAAGAAGAACAUGGAGCAGACCAUCAAAGACCUGCAGCACCGUUUGGAUGAAGCUGAACAGAUCGCAAUGAAAGGAGGCAAGAAGCAGGUGCAGAAGCUCGAGUCCAGGAUCAGAGAACUGGAAAGUGAAGUGGAGGCUGAACAAAAAAGAUCCAGCGAUUCUAUCAAGGGAGUCCGAAAGUAUGAGAGACGAAUCAAAGAGUUGACCUAUCAGGCAAAGGAGGAUCGUAAAAAUCUUGCCCGUCUGCAAGAUCUGGUAGACAAGCUGCAGCUAAAGGUCAAAUCCUACAAGAAAGCUGCGGAGGAGGCAGAGGAACAGUCCAACAGUAAUCUUACCAAGUUCCGCAAGCUUCAACAUGAGCUUGAUGAGGCUGAAGAGAGAGCUGACAUUGCUGAGUCUCAGGUCAACAAGCUACGUGCCAAGAGUCGUGAUGUGGGGUCAAAGAAAGGACAUGACGAAGAGUGAAGCUCAUGGAAUGAAAUUCCUGUUUGAGGCACCUGAUGUCUGAAGAGUGUCUCCCUAAGCAUGUCAGUUGUUCAGUAGAAUAAAGUUAAUCUGCAUCUCAAA